UGAGAUACGAAUCCACCACGCCCGUUUUUCACGUCAGUCCGCAACGUCAGAUUGUGCGUGUUGCUCUGUAUCGGGUAGGUUUGACCGGCUUUUCAGAGUCAGACACAAUGAACCCUCGGAUGAUGUAAAGCAUGCUUGUGGGGCUGGAGGCACGGGCACGUUUUGGUAGUAUCUUUUUUUGCUUUGGUUUUAUAUAAUUUGAUGUUUUCGAGCACACAUAUCGACAAGACUUUGUGACGGUAUAGGGAUAGCUGGAAAAGGACGGUUCAACGAGUUCGUCUGACAACGAAGUCGACAUUUCUGUCUCCUUCGAAAACGACACCGAAAACAAAACUGUAUUUUACAAAGGACUUGCUAAAGUCAACGAGAUAAAAGAAGAAUGUCGAUGGUUGCGUAUUCGGAUUACUUAGCCGCCGAAUGUCUGAUGUCGAUCUCUAGCGGUCCCGUCCUACACCGACCCACCACGGUUGUCCCCGCCGCACAGCCCCCUCCCCAGGCCCUUCAUCCUGGGGAGCCAGAAGUGUCGAACGAGGACAGGGAGGUGCUCGAGACGCUGAGACUCGAAGGGGCCAACAUGAUCACGGUAGCCGGGAUCCUCACGGACCUCCACGGCAAGUUCCGGUCCAUGUCGGCCUACUCGGAGAGCAGCAACUCCUCAUGUGGGGAGAGCGGCUACACCACGUUGUCUGACUCAACUACCCCAACCAUGACCCCCUCUGCUACUCCAAUUCCUGGACAGUUCAAUGCCACUCAACAGCAGUGGGGAGGAGGGGCGCCUCGGUCCCCAGUAAAGCGACAUCAGUGCAUUUACGACGGCUGUGACAGAGUUUAUGGAAAAUCGUCUCAUCUGAAAGCCCAUAUCAGAACCCAUACAGGUGAACGACCCUUUCCCUGUACCUGGCCCGACUGCCAGAAGAAAUUUGCCCGUUCGGACGAACUGGCUCGCCACACGCGCACCCACACUGGCGAGAAGCGCUUCCUGUGCCCGCUGUGCGACAAGCGCUUCAUGCGCAGCGACCACCUGAUCAAGCACGCCCGCCGCCACCCUGACUUCCAGCCGUCCAUGUUGGGCCGCAAGGCCUCGUCCCCAGGGGGACAGGGGGCGUUCAGCCCCACCUUGGGCCAGUAGAGUGCAGGGGUCAGUGGGUUCACUCCCACGUCUAGGGCUGGGGUCAGCAAGGGUCACAGGGAGUGGUUCUAACCAGAGGUCCUAACCAAUCAGAUCCACUAGCCAGGCCUCAGCCUGUCCGUCACAACUCACCACACAACAGGAUCUGGGUGGGGGCACAUUCACCACCCACCCACCCCGAUGGAUGAAGACGACACCAGUCUCAACACAACCUAACCUCCAAACCUUUAACUGAAAAACACUCACACAUGCAGGGAAUUCUCAACGUCUUCACUCCGCAGUCUCAGCACACGCAUCAGCCAAAUGUUUUCCUCCUUUCUCUGCUUUUUUUAGAGAGAUGGUGCUCCAUGCUUUUUUACUGUGGCUGUUUCCUUUCUUGCUAGCGCCAUUUAGUGAUAUUUAGCUAGAGGUGUAGAGAGGCUGAGGUCAACUAGAAGUGUAGCAGCUUUGCUGAUGACAUGUUCUCCGUUUCUAGAGGUUGCACAUUCCAUGCAUUUUUGUCAUUUGAAUUUAGUUGGCUUAGUUUUAUGUAUAUUUUUUUUGCAAUAUCGUAUUUGCUGCAUUAUUAUAAUUUGAAAUGCAGGUCAACUUCACUUUCAGUACUGAUGAUGAAUGGUUUAAACCGCUAAAGACAAGCAGGUUGCACACCAUCCUUAUUCAUUGUAGAUCAACUUUUCUUUUUACCAUCCAUUAAACGUUGACGCAUGAUACACGUAGUAUUAUGGCCGAUACGGAUGCAAAUGUAUAUAACUUUUAAGCUUCUAUUGUAGAGAAUAUCGUAAAAAAAAAAUAUUAUUAGAGGAAGUAAUACUUGUGAUGAAUUGUAGUCCUUAUAUUAGGGGUGACAGAGUAUACGCUUGGAUAGGAUAGCGCUGCUUGUGAGUAUGCGCGUGUCUAAUGACAUUUUUGUUAGAGAGAGAGAAGAAACUUUCUACUGUUUCCACUGUCUGUCCAGCUAAAUGGACACAAUUACUUUAUUAUCUCAGUGAACGACACUUCAGGAAAUUCAGAAAGCCUUAAACUAUUUCAUACUUAUUUUUGCACCAUGUUUACAGUUUGAAUCAUUUCUACAGGUUUACGCCGACUCGUCGGCACAUUACAAAUACACAUAUGUAAUAUGGCACUUUUUCUUAGAGGUUGUUUUUAAUGCUAGCUACUUGGCAAAUUUUUGUGAUAGGUAUUCACUGUAUUAAUAUGCUUCUACAGUUGAACACUGUGGAAUUUGAUAAAGAUACAUGUGAUCUCAUUAUACUUAUUAUAACCAAUGGUUAGGUUAGUAAGCCAGAUUUGUCCAAGUGCUUUAGGAAAGUGCGAUAAAGGAUAGAUUGGGGUUAUUACGUGUUUGUUUUUUAAUUGCUUCUUUGCUGGUCAUAAUGUCUUGGUUCUAUGUUAUCGUGUCUUAGAAAAGCCACAUACAACAUACUCUAUGCUCUCAGACCCUUGUUAUAAUUGUCAUUGCUUCCACAGAAUGAUUGAAUUGCAUGACUAAGGCACCUCCCUCGUCAUACAGUCCCUCCAAUAUCUUCCUUCUCUCAUGUCUUUACUAACAAACUGACUUUAAUUGAUAAUUCUUGCUGCAUCAUUUGAUCACUGAUAGUUCCAUUGUAAUGGGAUGUACCUGUAUUCAACUUUUACAUUGAAACGCUUUUUCCAUUUGUACACAUUUUCACAAGUUCUUAUAAUCUGUUGACAGCUCUUGGUAACUGCUGGCAGUUAUCGAACAAAAAUGGACUAUUUCAAACAAAGCCACAAUAUGACUUAGUAAGAGUAUUUGCUAUGUUUUCAAAUGAAUUGAAAAUGUCUCCAUGGAUCUCAUCAUUCUCCAAAUGUAUUUGUUUAAUUUUUUGACAGCAAGUCUGCUCGCGCCAAAAGUAUGAUUAUUUCACAAAGGGUAACAAUUUACCUCACCAUUUUUGUGUAAUAUUUGUCUUCCCUUGGAAACUCACCCUUUCUCAUGAACUGCUUCUAAACACAAUCAAGCCUUAGGUUUGAACUUCUUCUUCUGUUCUUCAACUGAAAACUACACUCUGCCAGGGAAACAUCUCUUUAGUUGUCUUGUCUAUAUUCCCAUGUUUGCUCUGUGUACAGAGUUUUGACUGUGCUUAACACUUUUUCAUAGUAUAUUAUGUACCCGUGGUGUUCAGUAGUGCUGAUCGUCAGUUUUGGCAUCUCACAAGUGUGCAGUUUGUAUCACUACCCUUCAUGUUGCACAAUGCUUCUGAUAUCAGUUUAGUUUGGACCUACUGCGUUAGAGAUGUAUCAAUAGAUACAUUUUGUAACACUUCAUUUCAGUGAUACCUACAUAAGGACUUAAACACAUUCAUAAGCAGUACAUGAACAUUGCAUAAAUGCUUAUGUUAACAAGUUGAUAUUUCAGUUAUGUCACUAUUUGCAGUUGUUAACAAACAUAAGCAUUUGUGCAAUGUUCAUUAACUGCUUAUAAAUGUGUACUGUAUGGGUUAUAAAGUCUGUAUGUAGGUACCCUUCAGAUAAAGUUACCAAUCAACCAAUAUACAUUUUACAAAGUAGAAAAUCUGGCUUGGAGGGGGGCACAACCAUAUCUCAAACAAUUUAAUUCAUUACACUGAACACCUUAUAGGGUAUGCUAUGCUAAUUGUUACCCACUGUACACUAAUUAAACAAAUAUACACAGCUGCAUUGUUUGUAUAGAACCAAUGUUUUUAGAAUUUUUUUAAGCCACAUUUUUACAUCAAUAACUCUUUAAGAAACCUCUUAUUCGAGCUUUGGUUAGGUCGAUAAGAGGAACUGUGGAACUAAUUUAAUAAAUGCUGCGACAUGCUCUUUGAUAUUUAUACUCAGGUGUCUUUUAAAAAUUGAGCGCUGGAACUUCCAUAUUUCCUGUGCAACACCCAAGUGUAAUCAUGUAUUGUUUCUAUUAUUUAAUGGAUUAAUUUAUUACGAUUUAUCAUUUCCGUGGUUUAAUUCUUUAUUUUUUCAUAGCUUAUUAUUUUGUGAUAUGGAACAUAUACUAAUAAUUUGGUUCCAUUGUUUGCUUGAUACAAAACUGCCAGUGCUUUUUAGUAAUAAAUAAAAACCUUAAGUUGAA